AUGCAGAGGACGAAAGUUCAAGUUGACCAGGGUGUCAUUGACCGCUGGGAAGCCAUCAAGGGCAUGACUGCCACCCACAACGUCACUUUCGACACUGCCGAUGGCCCCGUGACAGCACACGAUGUUGCUCUUAUGGCGUGCUCUCCUGUACUUUCGGCAAUGCUGACGUCCUGCAUGGCGGAAGGUGCUAGCAAGCGUAUUCAGGUCAAAGACUCUUCCGCUGCCGGUGUGUCGCUCUUCUUGGACCUUGUGUACACCAGCUCGACAUGCAGUGAGGCGCACCAUGAGUGCGCAGUUGAGGCUUUGGAUCUGGCCCAUCGCUGGCAGGUAGCGAGUGUGGUGCGCGUACUGGAGGAGAUCCUACAAGGAAUGAUCACCGAGUCAAGCUUCGUCGACAUCGCGUCGUCUGCCACUUCGAAGGGGUUGCUCGGCCUGGAGCGGGCUUGUGCCGCCUUUGCCCAGAACAGCAAAGCAUUGCGGCAGAUGUCAGAAAAAGGGGAGCUGCCUCCUGCUCUCGAGAAAUUUCUGGGCCAUGAUGCAACGGCAUCUGAUACAUCUGCACCGAAGAAGAAGCGCCGAACUUUUUGA